AUGGGUUAUUAUUUAGCUAAUGGUAUAUAUUCAAAAUGGUCUACUCUUGUUCAAAGCAUUCACGAUCCACGUGGUAAGAAAAAAAAGUUUUUUGCAAUGAAACAAGAAGCAUGUAGAAAAGAUGUAGAACGCGCAUUUGGAGUAUUGCUGUCAAGAUUUGCAAUCGUGGUAGAACCAGUGCGCUUAUGGAACAAGAGAGUGUUACAUGAUAUAAUGACUUCUUGUAUUAUUAUGCAUAAUAUGAUAAUAGAAGAUGAACGUGAUGUUAAUGCAACAAUUGAAGAACGAGUCGACGUGCAAAGUCCAGAAGUGGAGAUGCUAGGUGAUGAUGAUACUCGGUUUCAAGAAUUCCUUGCUCGACAUAAAAAAAUUAGGGAUAAAGAAGCUCAUAUUGAACUUCGAAAUGCAUUAAUUGAACACUUAUGGGACGAGCAUGGUAACUCCGAGAAUUAG